AAGGCUGCAUCUGCAGCCCUUGCCAGAAGAGAAAUCAGGAAAUAACGCAGUAGCUCUUUCUGGGAGCAUGCCCUUGAAAAUGAAGCUUUGCUGCUCCAUAUGAAAGAGAAUUUACUCUCCAGGAAUUCAGGAACCUGAAGCCAGGUUUGGCUGUGGACUCCUCCGAGACCUCGCUGCCCCCGAGGCCCUGCAUGGACGUUGCUGGGAGGUGGCAGCAGGAGAGCACGGGGAGUCUCUGAUGCACUGACGGCAACCAUGUCUGGGAAACGCUGGCCCCCCGGGACGCAGUGCGUCACCAAGCACGACCACACCAAGCCCAAGGCCCGGGAGCUGGCCUUCCGCAAGGGCGACAUGGUCACCAUCAUUGAGGCCGUGGAGGGCAAGGGCUGGUACCGUGCCAGACACAACGAGACGGGGCAGGAGGGGGUGCUGGCCGCCAGCGCGCUGCGGGAGCGCGGUGCCAUCCGCGUCGACCCCAAGCUCAGCCUCAUGCCGUGGUUCCACGGGAAGAUCUCGGGGGUGGAGGCGGUGCAGGAGCUGCAGCCCCCCGAGGACGGGAUGUUCCUGGUGCGUGAGUCUGUCCGGCACCCCGGUGACUACGUGCUGUGCGUGAGCUUCGGCAAGGAGGUGAUCCACUACCGCGUGGUGCACGAGGAGAACACGCUCAGCAUCGACAGCCAGCAGUACUUCUCCAACCUCAUCGACAUGAUCGAGCACUACAUGAAGGAGCAGGGAGCCAUCUGCACCAAGCUGGUGAAGCCCAAACCAAAAACCGGGAUGAAGUCGGCCGAGGAGGAGCUGGCCAAAGCUGGCUGGUUGCUGAACCUGCAGCACCUCACACUGGGAGACCGCAUUGGGCAAGGAGAGUUCGGAGACGUCCUGCAGGGUGAGUAUAUGGGGCAGAAGGUGGCCGUGAAGAACGUCAAGUGCGAUGUGACCGCCCAGGCCUUCCUUGCUGAAACAGCUGCCAUGACGAAGGUCCGGCACAAAAACCUGGUGUGUUUGCUCGGCGUGAUCCUGCACAACGGCCUCUACAUCGUCAUGGAGUUCAUGAGCAAGGGCAACCUGGUGAACUUUCUGCGCACACGGGGCCGGGCACUUGUCCCGACCCAGCAGCUCCUCCUGUUUGCUCUGGACGUGGCUCAGGGCAUGGACUACCUGGAGUCCAAGAAGCUGGUGCACAGGGACCUGGCUGCCCGCAACAUCCUCAUCUCUGAGGAGAACGUGGCCAAAGUGAGCGAUUUCGGCUUGGCCCGGGUCAACCCCAAGGGUGCGGACGCCACUUUACUGCCCGUGAAGUGGACAGCUCCGGAGGCCCUGAAACACAACAAAUUCUCCUCCAAGUCGGAUGUGUGGAGCUACGGGAUCCUCCUGUGGGAAGCCUUCUCCUUUGGACGAGCACCCUACCCCAAGCUGAGCCUGAAGGAGGUGACGGAGCUGCUGGAGCAGGGGUACCGCAUGGACCCCCCGGAGGGCUGCCCACCCACCGUCUACGCCCUGAUGAGGAGCUGCUGGGAGCUGGAGCCAGGCAAGCGGCCGUCCUUCAAGAAACUCACGGAGAAGCUGCAGAAGGAGCUGAAGCACCUGAGGGAUGUUUAAGCCCCAUCUCACUCCUGGGACCUGUGACCAGAAGCCCCCCGGACCCGCCGGGGCUGGGAGUGGCACAGCAAGGGGUGGCCGGGCAGCGGCGUGGCCCGCGGCACCGCUCUCUCGUGGUGGAGAUGGGCAGCAGCUGGGGAGUCUCUCCUCCCCCAGGGCGCCCGAAGGGGAGGCAGCAGCCUCCGUCCAUCCUGGCACAGGUCCUUCUCCCCACCACGCAGCCCAGGGACUAUCCUACUGGGUCAAUCUCCCCUGACCCGCCGGGGUGGGGAGAGCAGCCCCACGGCGGGACCGUGCCACACACGGUGGGUGCUGCACGUGGGGCCCCUUCGAGCCGUCCCUCCCGGUGACAGGGGACAGGAGGGGACACCUCCGCUUGCCGGAGGAUGAAACCCCAGCCCUGACACAGCCCUGCUCCAGCCACCUGGCCCCGUGCGGAGACACUGGACACAGCCAGCUAAACCCCACAGAUUUGGGCUUUUUGAUUAAACCAAAGAAAUUAAUUCAACAGCAUCUUUAAGCCUCUGGGCUGAAAUUAGGCCUAUCCCUCACUUGGGGCCUGGCAAAACAGAAAAUGGCUUAGUGGGGACCCAGGAGCUCCGGCCCUCAGAGCCCACCGUGCACAGCCUAGCCCCUCUCCCCUCUGGGCUUUGCGCAGCUGGGGAUUAUUCUUUUAAUCAGAGUCUGUAUGGGAAUUGCUUGCAUAUAGAUUACAGGAGUGGGGCACGUCCUCCGGCAGCGGGAAGCCCCCGGCCCCGCCACUCCCAAGCAAUCUCGACAUCUCGGUGGAGCCGGGAUUAAUGGGGGCAGGGGGCCACACACGCGCGGUGUGUGUUUGUGUGCGUGCGCCUGCCCGCCGCCUUGUCUUCCUUUGACCCUCGAAUGGGUUUUUUCAGCUAAUCCUCUUGUGUUUCCUCGGCACUGCCUUCUUGCACCUCCAAACCCCCUGUGCCACUGUGGGUGGCUCUGGGUGCCCACAGCACAGGGCUCCCCCCAGAAGGAUCCGGUCUUGCGGGUGCUGCGCUCCAUCGGGGCCCAUGCAAAUGGGGGGGGUCUUUCAGCCCAGUCUGGGGGGCACUGGGGCCCUGUGGCUCCUUCCAUCCCCCUGAUGAGG